UUCGAUCCGAGUGUCAUAUUUCAUUCCUUAACUGACAGUACAGCGAACCUAUUCCCACUGGCAUCAGUUAAUGUGAUAGUUCUCACUUAAUCGGUGAGAAUCUGUUUCGAGGAAACAUUUGCUGUGGUCCAAUAAAUAUUCUUGUAAUUGUAAAAAUGAACGAGACGCUCGCCGAGUAUUUUGAAUUUGAGCAGCGCUUUGACGAAAGAGCGGCGUUUGAAUGGUUUCAAGAAAACUGGACCACGUCAUUUGUCUUCUGCACCGUCUAUGCUGCCAUUGUUUUCUUAGGCCAGCACUUUAUGAGAGAGAGACAGAAGCUCGACUUGCGCGGACCUCUCAUGUUCUGGUCACUGAGUCUGGCAGUAUUCAGCAUUAUUGGAGCUAUCCGUACAGGAUCCUACCUGCUACAUUUGCUCACCUCCAGUGGGUUCCGAGAGAGUGUGUGUGACACCAAGUUCUACAGUGCCCCCGUCAGCAAGUUCUGGGCAUAUGCCUUUACCCUUAGCAAGGCACCCGAGCUUGGUGACACGAUCUUCAUCAUCCUCCGCAAGCAGCGCCUCCUCUUUCUGCACUGGUACCACCACAUCACCGUGCUGCUGUACACCUGGUACUCUUACAAGGACCAGGUAGCUGGUGGCAGCUGGUUUAUGACCAUGAACUACGCCAUCCACUCGCUCAUGUACAGCUACUACACAGCCCGUGCAGCCGGCCUGCGCCUGCCGAGACCCUGCGCCAUGCUGGUCACUGCUGCGCAGAUCCUGCAGAUGGCCAUCGGCCUGACGGUCCUUGUCCUCGUCCAUCACUGGCAGCAUGAUGCUCACUGCCCAUCCAACAUGUCCAACAUUACUUGUGGUUUGCUCAUGUACCUCAGCUACCUGCUGCUUUUCUCUUUGUUCUUCUACCAGUCCUACCUAAAGGGGACAAAUGGCAAAGGGCAAGAAGGAAGGGUUAAAGGCGACUAGAGAGUUGUGGCAUGGUUUGGCCACUAGGAGGAGCAGUGGCUGUAGAGCAGGGAUCUCCAAGCCCAAUCGUGGAGAGCUGCAUUAACUGAAAGAGGGGUGCAAGAUUAUGAUUGGAGUUGAACUCUGCAGAAAAGCAGGAUCCCUGGAGGAAGGUUGAAGAUCCCUGAUCUAGUGGGUGCUGAAUUCCGCCACAGUAGGGGAUUUCCCUGCUGUGACACCGGUUUCCCCAGAUAUUAACAGACAGAUCAAAAUAAAAUUCAUUAAAGGCCCUACACAGUUUUUUUUUAAUCUAUGAAAAAAAAUUUCUGCAAAGAAUGCUAUAUAUUCUAGUUAUCUUCCAAUAUUUUUCCCAAAACUAUAUUAAAAGGAGUGUUUUGAAUUUUCUUUUUUCUCUGUCACGUUUUACCAUUCUGCUGUGUUGGUGUGGACCCCAGCAGAUUGAUUGACAACCUCAGUGUUAACCGUAUCCCCCGAGUUACAGUUGUCAGUAUGUAGCAGGCUGGAAGUCGGAUCACAUCAUCACCUGUAUGACCCUGAACAGGUGAAAGGCUGCUAGGGGUUUCGGUCAACAGCGGACUCCGUGAAGUGUUUACACAUAGGCUAAUCAAUUUAUCUGGUUACAUUAGAGGACACAACAGUUGCUAUUUUAAGAGUAUAUUUAGAGCGGUAAUAUCUCUUACAUAUUGAUCACUUUUACAUUAGCGCUAUUAGCUCAAAUUAGCUAUAGUUAGCUAGCUAGCUAGCUUAUAUUGUUCUGGUUAACCAGGUCUAACAAGCCUUGGGGUGAACGUGGGAAAGUCAAUGACUAUUGGCAAUUUUGUAAUUUAUAAAAUAAAUCUGUAGCUGAGCUAAACUCUAGUCUGUACAUUUUGUAUAUUCUCAUUGCUUGCUACAUUAUUUAACAAAGUGUCAAAUGAAAACAAAUGACUGUUCUUUAAAAAUAAAGACUUAACAAUUUAUCAUCCACA